GCUCAACUCUACCCAAUGAAACUCCUCUCCCCCUGCCCCAUCUCACAUGUGAGGUGAUAGCGGCUGCACAUACUCUCAUCAGAUUUGCAGCUCAGCGCUUGCUGCAUACACUUGCUGGGUUGCAACUUUUUCUUCCUCUCCCUCUCUCCCCUCGCUCACUUCGACGGGCAGCAAUGAAGUCAGAGUGAUGUCAUAUAAGGAUGCGAGUGCCUGGCAAGGUGACAUAGGUUUUUGGUGAGUGUGGUAUUCUCCACAGCCAGCGUUGCCUAUCGAGAGAGGCGCGGAGCUGCAAAAGAUGAUCAGCACCACCACCUCAAGCUCUGUCACGCUCUCUCCUUUUUCUACUCCUCUUUCGGGCUGUCAUUUCAUGCCAGAAGACCUGACCUGCCUUCCAAAAAUAAGCCUUUGCCACCAUGCCGAAGGAAGAAAAACAAGAAGAGAGGUAUUUUUAGGCCCAUUAACUUUGACCACGUGCCCCGAAGGUAAACUGGAUGGCCAUUGCGCAAAGGUUCUUCAUCGGUAUGUGCAACGAGGCAAGCACGCACUGGACGUUGACUGCAAUUGUUCUCUUGGGGUCUCUAUUGGGGAUUGUGUCAUCAUAUCCGAUUCCAAGCAGGACUAAUGCAACUUUAUUGGAGCAAAGGUGGGAGACCCUCUUUUCCCGCUCUGUUCUGGGAAUCUCUGGGGCGAAAUCGGACAUGAACUGGGAGAGUGACUAUUUGCUGGGCAUCAAGAGAGUGCGGCGACUUUACUGCAACGUGGGCAUUGGAUUUCACCUGCAGAUCCUCCCUGACGGCAGGAUAAACGGUGUACACAAUGAGAACCAGUACAGUCUAAUAGAGAUCUCUACGGUGGAGCUAGGAGUGCUAAGUAUGUAUGGGGUGAGAAGUGAGCUGUUUGUCGCAAUGAACAGCAGAGGAAGGUUGUAUGGAACGAAAUUCUUCCGGGACGAGUGCAAGUUCAAGGAGACCUUGCUGCCAAACAACUAUAAUGCCUAUGAGUCUUCGGUUUACAAGGGCUUCUACAUCGCCCUCAGCAAACAUGGCCGCGCAAAGAGAGGCAACAAGGCCACCACCGCCAUGACUGUCACACACUUCCUCCCCCGAUUAUUAUGAUCAAAGCUGGCAAUAACUCACUAAUUUGCACAUGUGGAUGUUCUCCCAGGUAAUAUAGAAUUAUACAAUAUACAUAUACACCAUUUCAAAAGGACUGCAAAAACUACACAAGUAUUUAUUAUCUUUAUAUAUGUAUAUUUGGAUAGCUACCUUUGUAUUAGAACUUAUGUCAUUAUUUGCUGCUUAUCACGUAUCAUUAUCGAUUGAGGAGUGUAAGGCUUUGCCAGUCUUCACUUUACUGUGGUGCGUGCCGUAAUGGAAGUUCGCUUCACCCUGCCCCAGGAUCUGUGCGUUAGAGAUGUCGACGAUGAGUAUGACACGUCUUCUUUCUACUUCCCAGGAAGCUCCAAAUCAAACUCCCAUUAGACAGAUCUGCAAGUGUUAUAAUGUCAAAAUACUUUCAGCUGAGAAACUAUCGUCAUUUAAUCCCGUUACAGCCGGUAUGUACUUCCAAAAAAGGACUAAAUAAACAUUUACAAGCAACUAACAUUUUUUUCGUAUUUGGCACCUCCAAUGUAUUGAGAUGUUGUAGACUUGAGUAAAUUAAAAUAGUUGCUCAGCCAAACUCCAUAACAAACGGAUUUUGACAUUAUAACACUUGCAUAGCUGUCUAAUGGGAGUUUGAAUCUGAGCUUCCUGGGCAUUAAAGACAUCUCUAACUCACAGAUACUGGGACAGCUUCACCCUGUCUUUAGGGUGGAUGACUAAUAUCCUUAGCUUUUAGGAGUGAAAUGGAUACUUUUUAUUACCUCAAAGAACCACUUGACUGGAUAAAGAGAUGCAUGGAGUUACUGUAUGCUCAAGGUAAUACCUGUUUAGUUUAUCCUUUCUCUGAGACCUUUGAGCACUUGCUGGUUCACUCCCCUGUGUUCAAGAUUGCUAUUUUCAAGCAAAAAGGGGGAUUGAGAACGAGACUACUUAAAUGCACUUCUCUUGCUGCACGAUGUGAAGGUGCCUUGGUGUUCCCACUUGUGGCCCCCUUAAACUUGCAUGUAAGAGACACCCACUGUAGUCAGAAAUAGGGCUGACACUCCGAGGAGGGCGUCGGGGGGGGGGCAGGUUAUCUCUGGUUUAUUUUCUUUUUCUGUUAUUAGAUGGAUUAAGUAAUAUACACUCUGGUACACAGAGAGAAGACUAGAGGAGAACUCAGCCAUGAGUGUGGGGAGGUAGAGAAACUCAGUUCCCACCCACAGUAGAAGUUUAACCCCCAUGUGAGACUCCAGUCUCUCCGCAAGGUCAUUUAAACAUGGUGGGGCAGUUAUGUGUUACAGACUGGAUUCAAACCUCCUUUGUCUCAGAACUAUUUUAUUUCAUGGCUUGAAAUGAACUGAAAAAGGGACUAGCAUAAGAACACACAAUAAAACAUGUAUCUGCUCACAAACUGGGAUACUGCUGACAUACCCAAAAGCUUUAGCGUUUGGCUUUGGGUAAGUGUGUGAAAUGUAAAACUGCAAGCUUUUGUGCAUCGCCAUACAUAAACAUGUCUAUUAAGCCAAUGAAAAAUGAUGUAAAUAUUGACAAAUGUGAAACAGGAAAAAGAACCAGGAACAAGUGGCGUAGUUCAGGUUGCACAGUGACCAUCCAUGAUGGUGCCUGAUGUAUUUUAUGUUGGUGAGAAUCGUUCCCAUACAUGAUUAUUUAUUUAGUUGUUUGUUAAUGUGUUUGGUGAAAUCCCAGAUCAGUGUGCUCUGCAGCAACAUUGCCGUGGCAGAAAGUUGUUGGAAGCUGUAAUUGGAUGGUUUUAAAUGUAAUUACGGGAGGCUCAGUUCCUAGAGUCAAUGUGUAGCACCGGACUGAAGGACAGUGCAGUGCCUCAUAGUUGAUAGUGUUCUUUCCUCUGCGGCUGCUUACUUGAAAACUGAGGCUUCUCAUUCUACCCGACCCCAAGUCACCCUCUGGGAAUGUUCUCUUUGGUGGAGCCGAGGAGGAGCAGGACUAUUUUAACCUAGGAAAGACUUAUGGGAUGCGGCCUGCUGUCUCUGUUUGUUGAAUCCCCUGCAAGAAUGUGUCUUGGCCAGGAUGACUGGCUGCUCCCCAAAUACUCCCCUUUAACCAGUUCCACCCUGGUCGUCAGAUAACCCUGUGAAAACCCAUGGGGCUGGAGGGACCUUGGGAUUCCAGCAGUUACCCAGGAGCUUCCCCUCCUGCAUUAGUCGUUUUUUAGUUCACGGUCAGAGUCAUGGACCAGUGUUGACCCUGACUCUGUGUCUAGGGUGGUCUGCUAUUUGGGUCACCUCCCAUCAAAUCAAUGUUUGUCUCUAUUUGAUAGUAUUAUCGCUCUAUUUAAUGAAUUUGCAAUGAAUUUGAUGUAAAGCUAGUUGAUCGGUUUUAAAGGGACAUACAGGGCUGUGCUGGGUUGAUUCUUUAUUUAUGGAAUUCUUUAUGCACUGUUUGAAUGGUCUCCAUAGAAAGACCAUCAGUGGCCUCCAAGACUUCCAUCUUGUCCUUAAUUGCUCUUAUAAGCGUGGCUUUAAAGCUAUAGUCUGUGAUUGGUGCAUCCAUUUUUGGACAUUAAAUGUAAUGUAAUGAGGCUUUAUAGCCAUUUAUUCUUAAAGAAUAUAACUUAGAAAUGCCUCAUGACCUUGGUUAAACAGUCUUACCCCAUCAUAACCCAAAAUAUAAGCUUGGUUUAUUCCACUGUUUGUGAACAAUGUAAUUGUAAACAAAUACUGUGGAUUAAAAAUUGGUUAAAACUAUAAAAACUAGGGGCUAGGCAGCGUUUUGUUGUUCGAAUCAUAGACUGUAGCUUUAAAAAAUUAUAUAUACACCUGUCAUUGUCACUUUUCAUAUCUGAUUGCCUGGCUGAGAAUGCAUGUGUCUGAGAUCUACCGUUGUUUGAGUUAUGUCUUUAAUUUCUUUUGGUUUGAUGCGUCUGCCCUGCAUUAAUGUGAAUGCAGAUAUCAUUUUUGCUCCUCUCACACCCCUUUCCUCACACACUUGUGCGUAGCCUACAUCCGAAUACUUCCAGGGAGGGGGACCUCUGCAGACUUGAUGCAGUACUUGAGACAAAGAGCAAAGUCACUGCAAUUCUCUAUCCUCCCAGUUCUCUGUGUCUCUACAGCAGACCUUGUGGGCCAUUGUGACGUCAACCAACUAACUGCUCUUCAGGAAUCACCUGGCUCUGCCUGAGAACCAAGGCUCUCAUGCCAAAAGACUGUGGACAAGAGCUUCCAAUCCUGUCUAAAACAACCCUUCCCUUACACUUUCGCAGUCUUUACAGAGAGGUCUUGGAACGGUUAUUUAAAGAUUUUAGUGGCACAUUGGAGUAUUGCAGGGGAGUUUCAUAUUGCAGAGUAACUGUUAAAUGAUUUCCACAGUUUACAAGAGUCCGUUGAGGUUAUUUUCAGGAUUGAUGGAAGCUUUCUCUAAAGGGCAGCACCUACCUACCUGUACACUUACUGUGGUGUACGACAGGAACGUACUAGGAUGGAUUAUUAUGGACAUACAAUUAAUCUGUCACACGGUAUAGUGGCCUGGAUCAAAUCUCCUUUUCCUAACUUGUUGUAAUGAGAAUCUAUGUACUGGAAGUAAAUCCUGUUGUUUGUCUAUUGGUUAAAGAGUGAUGUCAGAGAUCAGACUAAAGACGUAUUGCCGCUGUGACUGCAUGUGGUAUUACAUGAAAACGUUCUGGGAUACUUAUUGACAUUGGUAAAAGUAAAAACGAAAAAUAAUCAGAUACAUUGUUCUGAUAAAAGUGAGGCAAAUAUGUAUUUAAUAAGUUCAAUGUGAGUUCAUUGAACAGAUAAAUCCUCAUGUCAACAUACCUGUGUGUGUGUGUGUGUGUGUGUGUGUGUGUGUGUGUGUGUGUGUGUGUGUGUGUGUGUGUGUGUGUGUGUGUGUGUGUGUGUGUGUGUGUGUGUGUGUGUGUGUGUGUGUGUGUGUGUAAGAGUCUUGCACGCCCUCCCUCAAAGUCAACAAGAUGUCAAAGGUGCACCUUAUCAGAGAUCUUGAAAAUAUUGAAAGUAGUGCUGCUUGUGAAAAGUGAAAUUUUGCUAUCUUAAAGUAGCUUAUAAAAUGCUGUCUUUCCAAUGUCUGAGCAUGGUAAUGGGAUAGUGAGGCAACUAAAAGCUGGAAGCCUAAAGAUUACAGGUUGAUAUUCUGUUCCCUAUCAGACUUGACCAAAACAUACGACCGCAAUAAAUUCUAGUUCUUUUUGAAAAUGAUUUGUGAAAUGUGUCAAUGAACUUCAGCAGAGAAGGCAUCCUGUUAUCAUGCUCCGCUAACUCUAAAAGCUGUCUGAAGCCCACCAAGCCUGAUUGGGAGUGUGUCUGCAUGUGUAUCCCUUGUGUGUUUCGGCAAAACUUUCUUUCUCUUGGUUUUGUACCCCUGCACUAAGGGGAGUGAGCUUCCACCUAUGCCCCUUCUCUCUGUUAACAUAUACCUCACCUUCUGCCUUAGUUUUAAUUUGUUAUGACGAUUGUAAAAUAGUAGACUUCUGCAAUCAUUUAUUUCUGAAAAACUGAUGAGGCUACGUAAGAAUAAUAAUAUAUUGAAAAUGUUUUUCCUUUUAUUUUUGUACGUAUGUGCUGUGCACAGCAUUCUACUGUAUUCCUGAGAUACCAAUAAACGUUUGUUUUAUA